AUUCCUGGGUAAUUUGGAUUUAGCACAAUAUGCUAGUUACUUCAGUCAUAAUAAGCCUAGUUGUACAGCAAACGUAUGACUUAACCGUUCUUAAGUAAUCGCUAAUAACUGUGUAAAUAAAAGAAUACAUUACUUAUAUGGUUUACAGUUUACACAGUUUCAGAAUACAGUCUUUAAAGAUUUUAAGAUUUUAUAGACAAUUCGUUGUUCGAAAAAAUGGACUCUAAGACUCUGUUAUUCUGCACUGUGAUGGGAUGUCUGACUUCAUGCUUAAGAGGAGAAACGGCUGGUGAAAGUCAAUCUCUACAGAGAAUACCCGUAGAAAGUUUCAGUGGCACUACAAACGAUGGACAUCAAGACAGUCCUUCGUCAUCGUGGAAAUAUUGGCCUUGGAAAUUUUGGAAAUGGGGUCGUUCUGUGUUAAACGAGGGUUUAACACAUACUUCUGAUUUAAUGCAGAGUGCAUCUAGAAGACCUUACUAUCAUAAUUUACAUUCUGAACGGAAAUUGAAGAGAAAGAUUAAAUUUCUUGUGAAAAUACAAAAUUAUGACAAAUAAA